AUGCCAUCUUCAACUCGUCCUCAACCCAUUUUUGCGCCUCGAAUCCCGGGCGCCGCUUCAAUUGGAGCACCGGGUACCUUUUGCACCCUUACAAACCCAACUAAAGUACAACGGCUCAUCGACACUUGGUGUGAAGUCGUUGGCCAGACUCCUGGACAAAGACCGGUUAGGGCGAUCGACACAUCGAAUGUGUAUGGGUUUGGGACAAGCGAGAAGCUCCUUGCUCAAACCAACCUCCAUGGAUCCGCCAUCGACACCAAAUUUUAUCCUCUUUUACCUGGUGACCAUUCCCGGACAAAACUUCGGCAAGCAUAUGAGCGGAUGGUAGCAGCUUUGGGAGGAAGGCGGGUGAGAGUGCUAUACCUUAACGCUCCAGACCGUGCCACGCCAUUCUCCGAAACAUUUGCUGCAAUGGACGAGCUGUACAGGGAAGGCGGAUUUGAAAUGCUCGGCCUGAGCAACUACCGCAGUUACGAGGUCGCCGAAAUUAUGACGCUGUGUCAGGCGAAUCGGUGGAAUGCCCCUCGGUCUAAUCUCGUCUCAAAGCAGACCCGGCUGCUGAUGCAAGAAUCGAAUAGGCUGAUUCCAUGUCUUCGACAUUUCAACAUCAAAUUCGCUGCAUACAGUCCUCUGGCCGGCGGGUAUCUUGUCGGCGGGAUGCUGUUCGACCCGGAGUCCGUCCCUUCUGACGACGGCAUUGAUGUCAAAUUGGAAGAGCUCAACCUCCAAGAACGCUCGACACACUCACCCCACCCACCAUUACGCGCGAUACAACGACGAUUGAAGGGGAGCGGGAGUAAUUUCGACCCACAGAACCCGUUUGGCAUGUGGUACCAGAACCGCUACCUGCAUCCCAGCAUGAAUGAUGCGGUUAUGGUGCUGACAGCUGUCUUGCAACGCUAUAACCUCAGUUUACACGAAGCCUCCGUCAGAUGGCUGCAGCAUCACAGUGCGAUGCUUCCCACCGACAUCGGUAUUGUAUUUGGGGGGACAAGACCAGAUCACGUGAGGGAGACCUUGGGAUACUGCAUGUAUGGCCCACUACCAGACGCUGUUGUCGACGCGUUCGAUGAAUGCUAUGCCAGCGUCAAGCUGGAUGGAGGAUUACCUGGGUAUUGGUGCGAUCCGGCGUGGUAUAAUCCGGGCGUGCAUGGAUACUGA